UCAACACGUGACAAAUACUGAAUUGUAAAUGAAUGUACUUAACAAUAAUAUUAUCUUUUCGACCGCUAUUCAACCAUGAUUUGACAUUAAUUGGAGGUAUUGUAACCGGUUAGCUCGCUUAUAUCAGUACGAGACAUGACGCGAGGAAAGAAGCCGGUUUAUAUGUGAACUUGCUCGAGUAACGUCCAAACGGUCGCACGGAGUGGACACCGAAUCUUUAUCACAAGAUACUAAAUAGUUACUUAAAAUUCGGCCGGCCCUGCAGUGGACUUGUGACCUCGUUAAACUAUUUACAUAAACGAUGCUUCUACCGGCUACGUUUUUAGUGAUAAUAGUGCUACUCUAUUUAUAUAUCACAAGAAAACAUAACUACUGGAAAGUAAGAGGUGUGAAAUAUGAAGAACCGGCGCCUAUGGUUGGAAGCGUAUGGCGCGUGUUUAGUCAAAAGGUCAGCUUGUCGGAAUAUCUUGCGGAAUUGUACCAGAAGUAUCCGAAAGAAAAGUUUGUCGGGUAUUUCGGUGGCAGUGCUAUUUCUCUCGUCGUAAGGGAUCCAGAGCUUGUGAAACAUGUUUUAGUCACCGAUUUCCAAUACUUCUAUCCGAGAGGGCUGAAUACUCAUAAGACGGUGAUCGAGCCGAUGUUUAAGAACUUGUUCUUCGCUGAUGGGGAUCUGUGGAAGCUCCUGCGGCAGAGGAUGACGCCGGCGUUCACGUCGGGCAAGCUGAAGGCGAUGUUCCCCCUGAUCGUGGAGCGCACGGAGCGGCUGCAGCGCACCGCCGCCGCCGCCGCGGCGCGCGGCGCGGAGCUGGACGUGCGCGACCUCAUGGCGCGCUACACCACAGACUUCAUCGGCGCUUGCGGCUUCGGCAUGGAUACAGACUCCAUCACCGACGAAACAUCCGCUUUCCGAGACCUGGGGAAGCGUAUUUUCACUCCAACCCUGAAAGCGGCUAUCAAUUCGUUCCUCAAAUGGACUUUCCCAGAUACUUUCAAACAUUUGCACAUAACAGCUUCGGAUGUGACGAGAGACACGAUUGAUUUGGUGAAAAGCAUCAUGCAGGAAAGGAAUUACAAGCCUGUUGGGAGGAAUGAUUUUAUAGAUUUGCUUUUCGAGUUAAAAGCUAAAGGAAUGAUAGUUGGUGAGUCUCUGGAGAAGAGGAAUCCUGAUGGGUCUCCGCAGACGGUUGAGUUGGAGCUGGAUGACCUGCUGAUGGCAGCACAGGUGUUCGUGUUCUUCGCGGCGGGAUUCGAGACUUCUUCUUCAGCGACCAGCUAUACUCUUCACCAGCUGGCGAUGCAUCCCGAGAAGCAGGCCAAGUGCCAGCAGGAGAUUGACGAAGUGCUCGCGCGACAUGAUGGGAAGUUGUGCUAUGAUGCUGUCAAAGAGAUGAAGUAUCUACACAUGUGUUUCAAAGAAGGCAUGCGUCUAUUCCCAUCCCUGGGCUUCCUCAUUCGCCAGUGCGUAAGACCCUACACCUUCCCAGGAACCGACGUGACUAUAGACGAAGGCGUGUAUGUGCUGAUCUCCGUUCAAGGUCUGCAUAUGGACGAAAAGUACUUCAAGGAUCCGGAGCAGUUCCUACCGGAGAGAUUCUCCGAGGGAGCGCCAUCUAUACCCAACCAUGUGUAUCUACCUUUUGGAGAAGGACCGAGAGCGUGUAUAGGAGAGCGUUUGGGUUUGAUGCAGUCGCUGGCGGGGUUGGCAGCGCUGCUCCGCCAGUGCUCAGUGGCGCCCUCUGUCAACACCCGCGCGCCCCGAGUCGACCCCGCCUCCUUCGUCGUGCAAAACAUUCAUGGCGGACUGCCGCUCUCGUUGGUUCCGAGGAAAACAUCAAAAUAAUUAAAUAUACGAGAUGAUU